AUGUCUAAAGUUAUAAGAAAAGUCAAGAUUACGGUUCCAUGUUCUUCAUCAAACAUUGGACCAGGGUUUGACGUACUCGGAAUAACAUUAUCAAUGUUCUUAACGCUCGACAUUGAAUUUCUCGAACCCUUACCAACCAGCACCAACAAAACUGUUAACUACACGAAUGAAACAACACUCGACUACACAGGAGAAGGAAGUGAAAGUGUUUCAUUAAAACCGACAGAAAACCUAAUUACCAAAACUGCACUUUACGUUCUCGCAAGUCACAAAAUUUAUGGAUUUCCAGUUCCACUGCACAUUCACGUCAAUAAUCCAAUACCUAUGGGACGUGGACUUGGUUCUUCGGGUGCUGCUGUUGUAGCGGGAGUUUUGUUAGGAAAUGUGGUAGGGGAGUUGGGUUUGAGUAAAGAUAGAUUAUUAGAUUUUACGUUGAUGGUGGAACGGCAUCCUGACAAUGUUACCGCAGCGUUGAUAGGUGGAUUUAUUGCCUCGUAUCUGAGAGAAUUGGAACCGGAAGAUACCAAUGUGCCACAUUCCGAAGAACCAAUUAGUGUUAUUGGUGCUAGCAAACCACCGACUGUUCCUUCGGGAAUUGGACAUUAUAUUAGAUUGAGUUGGGCAAAAGAGAUUAAAGCUAUCACUAUUAUACCAGAUUUUGAGAUUGCCACUGCGACUGCGCGUAGUGUACUACCGGAUGCAUAUCAAAGGAAUGAUGUUGUAUUUAAUUUACAACGAUUAGCAGUGUUGACAAGUGCACUUGCACGAUCACCUCCAGAUCCGUAUCUGAUAUUUCAAGCAAUGCAAGAUAAAGUACAUCAGCCAUAUCGAAAAAAUUUGAUCCCCGGACUAUCACACAUUAUAUCAAAUGUCACACCAAGAACACAUCCAGGUUUACUAGGUAUCUGUCUAAGCGGUGCUGGGCCUACUAUACUUGCACUAGCGACUCAUAACUUUGAUAUGAUUUCUAGUGCGAUCACUCAAGCUUUUCUUGAGGAAGGCAUCAGUACUCAGGUAAAGCUUUUGGAGGUUACAGAGAAGGGCGCCAGUGCCGAGGAAGGUCAAUUAUAA